UCGCCGGCUUGUGGUCGAUAUGCAGUAAUUUAAUCGACUGUGCGGUGUUGGAUUGAGCCUGCCUGGCUGCAUGCGCCGCACAAUCACAACACAUUUCAGAAAUGGCGACGCUGUCAUCACCCCUACGAGUGUGCCGAGGAAUACUAAAAGAAUUACGUGCCAUCCAAGGACCAAGUUACAAACAGUCACUGGCCUACAACUAUGUUAUGGAUCAGUUCCGUAAGAAUAAGGUAACGGGAGAAAGGUACUGCCGUGCCCAGCAGGAGGCGCACCAUGCCUCACACACUUACCUGUGUUUGCUGGCUUCCACCAGGAACCACCUGGUCCUGCACAACCUUUACCAUAGCAAGGGAGAGCGAAGCCCGGAAGAAGUGGCAGGCCUAGUGGGGCUCAGGUUGCCCACUCAGCCAGGAGGUAAAGGCUGGGAGAAGUAAGGACAUGCAAGGGCGCGACACUGGAAGAAAACCUUGACUCUCUUCAGAAAUAACUUAUCUGUGGCUGAUCUUUAUCUGGUCUCAUACAACUCACCUCAUGUAAGCUUCACAGGGAUUAAUAUUUGACUGAGUCUGGCAGACUGAAGAUCGCAACAUCAUGGACUGCUUUGAGGGAACUCUACUUAUUCCUGUUGAAUUGCUCAAACAGUGUUCAAGGGAGGAGAUGUGUUUAUCUGAGAGUAUUUGAAUCAACUGUGAAAAAAUACACUAUGAUUAAAAAAAAAAAUCAGUUGUUUAAAUGUAAAUACACUGUAUGCUACAGUUUAUCCAUACCUGUUUUAGUUUGUUUUCCUGUUUUCUGGCAUUUGUUUGACUGUUAAGGAGGAAAGGAAAAAAGCAACCAUUCAAAAAGACUGUAAAUGCAUUUUCAUGUCAAUUAAUUUGUCUCAUUAAAAUAUUAGUCACUGUUAA